AUUUUCUGUAAUGCAGCACAAUGUCAAUAAGUACAAACAACACAAUGACUACAUGCUCCGUUCACCCUCACACCUCAUCCAGGAGGCGACCGGAUGGGGCGUGGCUUUGUUGAUUUCGCGCGAAGAUUCCUUUCUUCUUCCUGUGAAGUGUGAGCAUAUCCGGAGGUUUAGUGUAGAUGGGCGCUAUUUAUGUGGUCGCCGAUUUUGGUUUGCAGUGGAUUUGUGCAGUUUUUCGUGUCCGUCAUUAGCAGCAGUAGCACCGGAAUGUCUCAGGCUCGAGUUACUGAUUUCUUUUCCCAGCGGAAAAAAGGCAUCGGCGGUCCGGUGAAAGCAGCCAAGCAGCGCAGCCGCGGCUCUCUGGGCGAUACCACAACAAGGUCGAGGUCCUGUAAAAACAAAGAUGCUUUCCUGUGUUCGUCCUCCGUCCAUGAGGAGUUUGUCCGAGUUAUCGACGAGGCAGCAGGGCUAGACGAUGGAGUGUCUGCCACCAGCAACACCGCUAAAGAGUUCCCCUCCAGUCCCCGGACGCCGAAGCGGACCUCGGCGGACGCAGAGUUCGACCUGGGGGCACCCGUGUUGUCUGCUACCGCCAACCACAGCACGGCCAAGAAGAGACGACAAGUGGAGGCCGUCAGAGACACGAAAACGAACGCUCCGGAGAAACCAACAAAGAAGACGGCCAGGAAGAAACUUGUCCUCUCCCAGGACGCACAGCGGGCUGCAGCCCAGCCCCUGGCCGGUGACGUGAGCCAGCAGCCGGCAGCCCACGGUGCUGAGGACCAUGGUAAAGCCACCGGCCGGAACACUGGAGGACAGGCCGGCAAGGUAACGACUCUGUGUAAAGAGGACAUUGCAGCCCUCAAGUCUCGCCUUCAGCGGAUCAAGAAACAUGCAGAGCAGUUCACAAGUUCUGCUUCCUCUGCUACAGUCUCCACAUCCCCCUCUUUGUCCUGUCCAGCUGUUCCAGCAUAUAAUGAUACUAACCCCCCGAUUCCCCAAGCCACCACCGCCACCCUCCUCAGCCCUGAUGCUAAGGACAUCAAGCUGACUGUUGCACGAGCCAAAGAGCUGGCAGCUAAAGCUCAGCAGAUUAACGAGGAGAGGGAGGCUGAGGAGAGCAAGCAGAGCGAGAUACAAACCCAGAGCAGUGUGGAGCAGCCAGCGUACGAGCGGUACCACACUCUCGCCCAGGCAACCCCUCCAGGCCUGUCUCUACCGUACCAGUACAAGGUGCUGGCUGAGAUGUUCAGGAGCAUGGACGCUGUGGUGGCCAUGCUGUACAACCGCUGUGAGACAGCCACCUUUGCCAAGGUCAAACAGGGAGUUCAGGACAUGAUGCACAAGCGGUUUGAGGAGAGCCAUGUGGGUCAGAUAAAAACAGUGUUUCCACAGGCCUACAUGUUCAGACAGGAAAAGAACAUCCCAUCCUUCAGUAGCAGCAUUAAGAAGGGCAGCUACCAGCUGACUGUGGAGCCUGGCAUUCGCUCUGACCAGAAAAAUGUGCGACCUGUCCUGUCAGCCUCUCAUCUGCUGGAAAGAAGGCAGAUCUUCCACUUGAACCUGGUCUCCAUUGUCAAACAGCACCACAAGGUGUUCCUCUCGUCAUUGGAUCCUCCGAUGUCUGUUCCAGAAGACAAACUGACCCGCUGGCACCCUCGGUUUAAUGUGGACACUGUACCAGCCAUACAGAUGAGCUCACUGCCGCAGCCUCCUCAGGCUGACAGACUGGCCACAGCUCAGGAGGUGCUGGACAAGGCCCGCUCACUCAUGACACCCAAGAUGGAGAAGGCUCUGGUUUCCUUGACUCUGAAGACAGAAGACAAAACUGCAAAAAGUAAAGAGCCACCACCACAGAGCCCAGCGGCCCCCUACACAACAGCUCCAUCACCUACCGCUGCAGCUCAGGUCCCAGCUGCCCUGAAAGGAGUGUCCCAGUCCCUGCUGGACAGGAUUCGGGCAAAGGAGGCCCAGAAGCUCCAGGCAGCCAUGACCCGAAACGUUGCCCAGGAAGAGCGCCUGCUGAUGAUGUCGAGGCUCGGGGAGCUGGCAAGGAUUCUCCGGAACGUUUUUGUUGCAGAGAAGAAACCAGCUUUAAUCAUGGAAGUGGCCUGUAACAGGAUGGUGGCCAGCUACAGGUCUGCUCUGAGCACAGGUGAAAUGGAGAAACACAUCCGUCUGCUGGCAGAAGUGGCUGCUGAUUGGCUGACUAUCCAUCCAAUCAGGAAGGAUGUCUACCUGAAGCUGAACAAGAACAUGGAGCUGAGCGUUGUUCUGGACAAACUAGGCAGCAGGCUCCAAGAGGAGGAGCGACUCUGAGACUUCACUUAGACACUUCAGUCUGAACGUUGGACGAGGUUCCUGCUGGAUGAGCUGCCAGCAGAGUGAAGGCUAGUUGCUUUGAAGUGUAGGGUUGUUUUUGUUUUUAAGUGACUUUCACUGGUUUGUUGACAGCAGAUACACGUGUCUGACAUUUGGCAUUGUGCCCUGCGCUUUAGCUGAUCUGGAUACAGCUCAGUGACUCUUGAAUGACAAGACCUAGUCCUAGUAUUCUCACCAUCCUCCUGUGGUGUUGACUGUUUUAACCCCACUUCCUGAGACUGAUGUGCUUUGACUUUUUAUUCCCCCUCACUGAAGGUGUAAUGUUGGUGUGCACAGACCUCCUUCCAGUCUUAACUGGGAUCAGUUUUCUGCUAUGUAGAGCAGAUGAGUGUUUACAUUUUAAAGGUUGCUGUUUAAUGUUUAAGAAAUACAAUCAUUUGUCAGA